GCCCGCCCCGGAAGCUGCCGCAUUGCCCCGCGGCCCGGAAGCGGAAGCGCGGCGGUGCCGGAGCCGGCGGACGGCGGGCAGAUGGCGGAGUGCGGGCCGCAGCCGUCCGGUGGUGGGAGCGGGUCCGGGUCCGGAAGCGGCGCUGCGCCGAGCCGGCACGAGAAGAGCCUGGGGCUGCUCACCACCAAGUUUGUGUCGUUGCUGCAGGAGGCCAAGGACGGCGUGCUCGACCUCAAGCUGGCUGCAGAUACCUUGGCUGUGCGACAGAAACGACGGAUCUACGAUAUCACAAAUGUCCUGGAAGGCAUUGGGUUGAUCGAGAAGAAAUCCAAGAACAGUAUCCAGUGGAAAGGGGUGGGUCCUGGUUGCAAUACUCGUGAAAUAGCUCACAAACUGAUAGAGCUGAAGGCAGACAUAGAGGACCUGGAGCAGCGGGAGCAGGAGCUGGAGCAGCAGAAGAUGUGGGUGCAGCAGAGCAUCAAAAAUGUUACAGAAGACAUGAAGAAUAGUCAAUUAGCAUAUGUGACACAUGAAGAUCUCUGCAGGUGCUUCACAGGAGACACCCUCCUUGCAAUUCGAGCCCCAUCAGGCACACGUUUGGAGGUGCCCAUCCCUGAGGGCCUAAAUGGGCAGAAGAAAUACCAGAUCCAUCUGAAGAGCACAAAUGGUCCCAUUGAUGUUCUCUUAGUAAACAAAGAUACUUGGAGCUCUCCUCCUGUUGUACUGCCUGUCCCUCCACCUGAAGAUCUCAUUCAGUGCCAGGCAGUUGCAGCCUCAAAACCGCCGAUCUCACCAGUUGCCCACUUCCAGGAGACAUCCGUUCCCAGCACCAAGCCCUCUACACCAGCAUCUACCAGCAGUCAGGAGCACAGCCCUCCUGCACAGAAUCCCACAAGCACAGAAUGCAGUGUCUCAGCAGCAGAGUCCAAGAUCAGCGAUGACUUUGAUCCCAUUGGGAAUGUGUCCGUGUCACCCAGCCAGCCGAAUGGGUUGGACACCCAGCCACUCCAGUCCUCUGCCUCGCUGGACAGCAGCUCCAUCCUACCCAGCCCCUCCACUGCCUUUGAGCCCAUCAAGCCUGACCCCACAGAGAUCUUGGAACUUCCCAAAGAGCUGUUAGAGAUGUUUGAUCCAACAAGAGAAUGUAUGAAUUCUGACCUGCUGGAAGAGCUGAUGUCAUCUGAAGUGUUUGCUCCCUUGCUCCGCCUCUCCCCUCCACCUGGAGAUCAUGACUACAUCUACAACCUGGAUGAGAGCGAAGGCGUCUGUGACCUCUUUGAUGUGCCUGUCCUCAACCUCUGACUCGUCAGUGCAGCUGUGAGCCUCACAGAGCCUUUUGUAACUCUUUUGGAAAGUGUCUAUUUUUGGAUUCCUUUUGUGCUAGAGCUCGAUAAGUGAGUGAUUCAGAGAUGCUCUCUUAAUGGACUCAGAACCAAGAGAUGUGGACUUGCAGGCUGGGAGCUUCCCUGUAGCUUCUUCCUCUGUUGCAUGUGCAAAGUGCAUGUGCAACUGGCCCUGCACAUCUCCCUCUCCAUUGGAUUCUGGACCUCCCUUCAAGGGGUCUGUGUUUUGAGUGUUCCUAGUUCAUCUUAGAGUUUGCCCAUGUGCCUCUCUGAGCCUCCUCAGAUCUGCAUGCCUUGUUUUUUUCCUGCACUCCCAGAGGCACUUUGCACCUCCUGGGUGCCACAAGGAGCCCUAAUAGUGUGGUCAGUUAACAAACCCGGAGGUAGUUAGCUACAUUUUCCAAUGUGAGCAGGUCAGAUUGGGGUGGCUGCAUUUCUGAAUGACAAGGGGAAAAAAAAUGGCACCAAAGUGUCCAUUUCUUUCAGUGACUCCAGACCAACUAGUACGUUUUACAAGAAAAAGCACUUUUUUUAGCCAGCUGUGCCUCCUAGUGGGACUCAGGAGUUGAGCACUCCUGGGAGGACCCAGGAGCUGAGUCUUUCCCUGCUUUUGCAUCAGCAAGAAUGCUGCUUCUGCGUUCCCCAAUCUGCUGAGGCAUCAGCCUAGGGUUCCAGCUCCUUGUACACAGCUGUGCUGUUUCUACAGGUCUAAAGAAGACGUGUCAGUAUGGUUCAUUUUAGAUUUGGUUUUGCCUGACUGAAGAGAUGUUGGAAAGGAUAAGACUGCUCCAGCUGGUGCAUGUAAGUUACUCCAGGUACAUCAGAGCCUGCUCAUAUUUGCAAAUAGUUAUCUUCUCCAGCCAUUGCACUUGAGCCUUCAACUGUCUAAAAGGCGACCAAGCAGUAACCGUUCAGUAGUACUUUGCUGUGACAAGUUAUAUAGAUGUUGUCAUAAUAGUGCUUUCCCCUCCCCAGUUUUUCUCUCUCAGAAUCUGUUCAGGAUCAGGCUUUCUUGAAAUUUGAUUUCCUCCUUUACUGUUCAUACCCACACUUCCAGUUCCUCAUCCUGUGGCAGGACCUUUACCUAGCAUGAUGCUUUCUCUGCAUCAUUUUUCCUCAAGAUGUUCUUCCUUGUUUGUAAUGGAAGGUCUGCACUUGGGUUUGUUGUGGUGAUUGGGUGGUACUAGUCUUGGACCAUGGGCAGUUUAGGUGGAGUAAAAUGCCCUGAUGGAUUUGAGCUGUAUUUUGAAAGCUCCAGUUUCUGGGUUUCGUUCAGGUUCUGCGUUUGAGUGUAUUCAGUUUUGCACAUCUUCCUGCCAACACAGUGGUAGCAGCUUUCCUGCCUUUCCUCAUCCACAAACUGUGAAGAGAGUUCCAGGCCAGGAGCAUGGGCCUUGCAGAGAGGGUGCUUGCAGCUGACCCUGUAACCUGCUGGUGUUUAACUUCUGUUAACCAGAACCACAGCCAGCUGGAGCACCACCAUUAAGGGAUGUCAAGUCUUCACUUCUUGGAGCCCACAGGGGUGACAAGAAUGUGUGUCUGGGACCUGCAUCCCUAAGGUGGCUCCUUGGGCCACCCAUGUGGGUCUCCUCCAGAAGAGCUGGGAACAGGAUGGGUUCCAGGAUCAUCUCUGCAGCCCCAUCCUCUUUGAGAAUGCCAUGAAGAAUCCAGGAGGAACAAGGGGAUGCUCCAGUUUGAAGCAGGCAGCAGCUGCCAGCGAGGCAGCUGUGGUGUGGGACCCAGGCAGUAAAAUUCCAGCAUGUAGCCAGUCCUUGAACCUUCCGUCCUUGGCAUGGAAGCCGGUCGGGAUGCCCUAGACCUGUGCGCAUUAGCUAGCUCAGUGGCUUUGCUGUAGCUCGAGCUCUUGGCUUGGCCCUUGCCCUCCUUUCCAAGCAUUUGUGUUAAGACGACCCUUGGGAAAAGGAUACCUAGGGAAAAAAAUGUACUGAACUUUUCAUAUAUAAAGAUUAUUUUUAUACUUUUUUUUCUUUUUGCAAGAAAGUUGCCUGUAAUAUUUGUACAGUGUUCUUCUCUGAGGUGAAUAAACAAAAACACUUUCCAGAGA